AUGCCAACGACGAUGAAACAACGACGACGAUUACGUGAUGCGUUCUUUGUCGCGAGACUCGCGUUCUUUCUUUGCUUCGGCGGUUCUUUUUUGCAGACGACUUUUGUAGAAGCAGUGGUUGAAGUGGAGACGGGGGUGACUUCAGACGGCAUUUUCGGGUGGAGCGCGAGCGUGGGUGUACUGUUCGAUGAUUUUAUGUGCGACGUGAUUAACCCUUUACUCGCACCGAACGAAAGGUUUACCGAGUGCGGAGGGACGUUCGCGGUGAAUCCAAACGGUAUCGGCUACGCCGAGGAAGGACAGUUCGUUCCAGGAACGAGAACGGUGGAAACGGAGCGAAGAGCGGAAACAACCAAAAGCGGGUUCGUCUUUGAAGAGGUGAGCUUGAUCGAAGGCGAACAAGUUUCGACGCCGGUGUAUACUGCGAAUAACGCGGAUGAUGAUUCGAACACGAACGAUAACGACGAGAUACCACCACGAGCCGGCGGCGCAAACGUCGACCCGCAAAGUUCGGACGAGAAGGAAAGAGCGGAAGAAGAAGAGGAAAAAGCGAGAAUCGAAGCUGACUUAAAAGCGAAAGCCGAAGCUGAAUUGAAAGCUGAAUUGAAAGCUGAGUUAAAAGCUGAAUUGAGAGCUGAGUUGAAAGCUGAAGCCAAAGCUAAAGCCGAAGCCGAAGCCAAAGCUAAAGCCGAAGCCGAAGCCGAAGCGGCGCGCGUAAAAGCGAAAGAGGAAGAAGAACGCUUCGACGACGACGACGACCAAAGUUAUUCCUCCAACCAGACUUUUGAGGAAGAAGAAGAAGAAGCCCCGCAGAGAGGAGGAAAAGAACAAGACGAACCAGAAGAAAAGGAAGACAAAGUAUCCUCAAACGAGGAUACAGACGAACCUCUCGAAAUUAUCUGGCAGGCUUUGUAA